AUGAUUAUAACAUUGUUUAUGUUUUUUAUCAUUUUUGCCACUUUGGGCUUAUUAGCAACUUGGCUUCUUUGCGCUUAUUAUCGAAGAAAAUCACGGGAGCAAAUGGAGAAAGAAUUACAACGUCGUCGAGAUGAUAAAAAUCAAUUAAAACUUGAUACUUUUCGAAAAAAGCAACUUGACUUACAGAUGCUUACAGCAAUGAGGAAUGCCAGAAUUGGCUCUAAAGAUAAUAUUGUUUGCUCCCAAGAACCAAGUUAG